AUGGCUGAAUACGACGUACAGAGUAUGUUAAAUAAUAUAUUUGAUAUCGACGAUUUGAAUACCUGGAAACCAUCGGAAAAAAUUCUUCUUGUAAUUAAGGAAAUAGACACAAUUAAAAAUGAUAUAAAAACCUUUUUGGGUAAUAGUGAUCAUCAUUUAGAUGCAAUUUUGAAGGAGAGUCAUGAGUUGACACAGGAGAGCAAGUCUGUGGUAGAUGACAUGGAACAAUGUAGACAAGAAAUCGAACAAGAAACUAUGGCUGAAGUACUUCGAUCUAUCGAAAGCCAUGACUAUAUCACUAAGGAGUUACAGUCUGUUGAGUUUGCAUUAAAUAUUGUAAGUGAUGUGUUGCAAUGUGGCAAGUAUGUGAAGGAGUUCGAGGACGGUCGGCAGGCAUCAAGCUUUACCCGUGCCGUCGAAGCAGUAUAUGAUUUACUGCAGUACAUUGAAUUGCCUGCUGAAGGCUUUAAAGAUCUCGAUUUAUACAGCAAUACAAGGCACACCGGCCAACUAAUUUUAGAUAAUUUACUUCAUGAUUUAUAUGCCGAGUGGGAUAGAUUAGUUGUUACUGAUGUCAAAACUGGUAAUCGUAGGACUAUUGUUAACAUUACUCUUAACUUAGAUGAUUCAAGGAUCGUAUCUGAUAUCUUGAAUGCUCUAGAAAAGAGCAAGAAACUGGCUGAAAAGGUAACUGCAUUUUCACAGUUUCUAAUGAAGGAUGUAAUUCAACCCAUCAUUAAUAAUGAGUGCGUCGUUUUUGCUGAGACGGAUGAGUUUAUGAAUGUUACUAUUAAUCAUAAACCAGAUUUCAAACCUACCUAUGAUGCAGUCAUUGCCAAUUUAAGACUGCUGUUCCAUUACCUCAGUAACAAGCUCAAUUUUGAAUUCAGAAGGGACAUGACCCUAAUGAAAAUGAUUGGGUCUCAGCUAAGUGUUGAGUUUAGGGACCUCUUGGUGAAGGAUUGUCUCAUUCACACAAUACCAAAUAACAUUAACGAGCUUCAGACCUAUGGCGUAAUUACAUCAGAAAUUGAAAAUUUCCAGCAUUUCUUAGCUAUGCUUAAAUUUUUCCCUGAUGAGAAUUUCUCAAUAUUGGAAUAUGUUAAUAAUAUUGAUGUUCUCUUUGCUGACAAGUCAAGUCAGUACUUCUUGGAGUCAGCCCGUCAGAUAAUGCUCAAAGAUUUGAGUGUGACCAUGUCAAUUGGUGUUGAAAAUAUACCAGAAGACAAUGCAGGGUCCAGCUCAGCACCUGAUGAGAGUCUGGCAGAAGCACUAAAGAUAUUGGAUAAGACGAUUCCAAAGAGUCUGUUCUACUUCCCAAGGUGCAUGAUAUCUAGAACAGCCCAAGAGCUGCUGGAUCUGGUGUAUGUGAUGAUGGAGCAAGCAGUUCAAUGCUCGGAUGUGGUGUCCAAGAAAUUGUACAACACUACUCGCCUAGUCUUUGAAAUGUAUGAUGCAGUUGUUCCUUAUCACCAUGAAAAGUACUUGCAGACUAUACCCCAGUAUGUAGCUUUGUUCCACAACAACUGCAUGUACCUCGCGCACAACCUGCAAACGUUCGGGGACAAGUGGCUGAUCCUGAUGGAGGGCCGGGAGCUGGACUACCCCAUCAGCUUCGUGGACCUGGUGCCGCGCCUGCGCGAGCUGGGCUGCCGGCACCUCGCCGCGCACAUGCAGCAGCAGCGGAAGCAGAUCCUCGACAACAUCAGGUCCUCGGGUGAGUGCCACACUGAUCUUUCCUACUAAAGUCCGGUCACCAAG